AUGGCAAAGAGGAAUCAAAGAUAUUUACAGAUCAUUGACAAAGAAGAAUCAAAUAUACUUACAGAUAAUGACAAAGAAGAAUCAAAUAUAUUUACAGAUCAUGAUCAUGGCAAAGAGGAAUCAAAGAUAUUUACAGAUCAUGGCAAAGAGGAAUCAAAGAUAUUUACGGAUCAUGGCAAAGAGGAAUCAAAUAUAUUUACAGAUCAUUACAAAGAAGAAUCAUAUAUAUUUACAGAUCAUGACAAAAAAGAAUCAAAUAUAUUUACAGAUCAUGAUCAUGGCAAAGAGGGAUCAAAGAUAUUUACAGAUCAUGACAAAGAGGAAUCAAAGAUAUUUACGGAUCAUGGCAAAGAGGAAUCAAAUAUAUUUACAGAUCACGACAAAGAGGAAUCAAAUAUAUUUACAGAUCAUGACAAAGAUGACUCAAAUAUAUUUACGGAUCAUGGCAAAGAAGAAUCAAAUAUAUUUACGGAUCAUGACAAAGAAGAAUCAAAUAUAUUUACAGAUCAUGGCAAAGAUGACUCAAAGAUACAUAGGUCAGAGCAUGUUACUGUAUUUUAUUUUUAA